UUGUCUUAAACCAAACCCUAUAGAUUAGAAACAAUAUAUCCAUCUUUUUAUAUGACUAGGCAAUGCUCUUUGAAACAUGAGGUCAAUUUUCCAGUUGGAGAUCAUCUCUUUCUUCAUUAAAUGUGUUGCAGAUACAGACAGACGAGCGUCUAUUUUUCCAGAUGACCAUCUACUUUCAGCGGCUCCAAAACCAUUUGAAUGUAAGCAAACAGACGAUCGUCUGUCUCUCUAGACGAGUCGUUUGUUGCUCGUCUGGUAACUCGUCUAAGGGACCAAAAGAUUUGAAUAAAAGUUGCAGGUGACAGACGAUCGUCUAUUAUAUAUUUUUCAGUUUUCUUCAUAAAAACGCUGAGAAAACAUUUGAAAGCCAUUAUUUACGGAUUAAUACCAGUUGAUUGUUUAUAUCAAAAUUAGGAAAGUAAAGACGUAUGGUCUAACAACAAGCUUAAGGGAAGACUUGAAGGUGUGUUUUUGAAAUUAUUCCAUAAAAGAUGGGACCUGGGGCUGGUAUUAAAAAGAGGGUGAUUUCCUUAAACAACUUACAAAAAACUGCCAAAGCAAAAUCACAAUUGAAACCAACGAGUGUUAGUUCACCUAUAUUUGAAACAGAAGAUCAAUCUCAGGCUACCGUAGUGAACCGAACUUCUGCUCGAGUGAUCGCUCAGUCUCAGCCUUAUCCCGUUCCAGUGACAUCUAUUGUGAACCAAAGAAGUGUUGAAACUCACAGCCGUAUUGACUCAGCAGCUGCUGAAGCAUUAAAUCCUACGAUAAAUCCGAUUGCUCAAGAUGAAUCCAUGGUAUUGGAAGAAACAAAUAUUGACGAUGAUAUCCUUUCUAAGAGGAAGGGUCGAGGGAAAGCGAGAGGGUUUGAAGUUAAAAGACGAACCAAGGAUGGUUCCAAAAUUGGUGGAGUUAUGAUCACAAAAAGGAAUAAUUUACCAGUAGGUCCUUCGGAAAAAACGUUCAAAAUGGAAAUUGAUGUUCUCACUCGAUUAAUGGCACCGCUAGGUGUAUUUUAUUGGUCUGAUGUAACUGAAGAAAACAAAAAAGCCAUGAUUACAACUCUUCAGAAUGAAUUUGAGGUUGAUUUAAGUGAUUUACAUGCCAAAAAAGUUGUAUAUGGGAUGAUGGCUAGACAAUUUUUAAAUUAUAAGUAUCGUUGCCACUUGCACUAUAAAGGAUUUCCUACUCGAGAUGCAGCUGAAAAGAAUCCACCAGAAGAUGUUAAAAUAGACGAUUGGAAGAAACUUUGUGAGCACUUUGUUGAAAACGAAAGAUUUAAGGCUCAAAGUGCUGCAAAUGUUCUUAAUCGAAAAAAUUUGGAUGUUCCGCACACUUCGGGGUCAAAGUCCUACUGCCAACGCUUGUAUGAAAUGGAAACAUCUGAAGCUAUAGAUGAAGAACCGCCUGAAAUGAGACUCUAUUCUCAAGCACAUCGUAAAAGAGAUGGUUCAUGGAUUCACCCACAAGCUGAAGAAAAAUACAUACAAAUGGAAGUUAUUCGUUCACAAGCACUUGAGGGAGGCGUUGGCGUAGAUGGAAAAAAAAUUCUUGAAAAAGUAUUGGAUAAACCAAACUCCGGUUAUCCUCGUGGACUUGGAUAUGGGACUAAAAGGAUAACAACCAGAGAGUUAGAGUUUGAAGUUCGUUUACAUACUGAAAAGUCUGAGUCCGAAAAACGAGCAAAUGAAUUAAAUGCUCAAAUUCAAGGUCAACAAGCGACGAUUGAUAAGCUUACUCAAUCGCAAAACAAACUCAUGCUUCUUGUUCAAAAACUCAUAGAUGAACAACAUGGCGGUGAAACUUCAAUUGAUUGAUUGAAGUUAAUGGCUUCACAAAGAAAUAGCAACAAAAUGGGCAUCUUCUUCUAUAUCAAAUAUAAUGUUUAUUUAAGUUAUUUUUAUUGUUAGCAAAUUUUAUGUUUAUUUGAAUAAUUAUUAUUUUAGAAUAUUAAAGACUUAUACAUUUAUGAGUUACAUUGUGAUUUUUAUCGAUUUAGUGUUUUAUAUUAUUUCAGCAA